AACAACAACAGCAGCAGCACUAGCAACAACAAAAACAACAAAAUAAAAAACACGUAAUAGCAGAAAUUUAAGAACUCAAAAGCCACCCAAAUAUAAUAAGUACCGACUUAAAAUAAAUUAAAAUGAAUACAUUCACUAUACUUAAGUAAAUCAAACAAACAAAAGACUUCAAUUGCAGCACAGCAAAUAAUACACUGGGAAAGCAGAGAAGCAGCGCCAAGAAAGAAACCAAAGCAGGAAGAAACGAGCUCAAGAGAGACGAGGAAGUGCUUCUUACACAAAGAAAAAAAUGACAAUCUUGUGCUUCAAUUAACCGCUUCAUUCACCUUUAAAGAUGCAAGCGUCACCAUUAAAGCUUAUUUCUUUCGUCAGCGUCACCGGAGUGGUGUCAGGACAUUACUGUGAGUGGGAUCUCUGUGACAGUGAACAAUAUUGUUGUGGUGACAAUCUCUGCUGUGAUUAUGUAUACAGCCUUUGGUAUUUUUGGGUAGGUGUUGUGUUUUUGGUCCUUCUGCUGUCAGCAUGUGGAGGAUUAUUCCGUUACUACUACAGACGAUGGUACACAGAAGGCAGUGGUCUACCAUACAUACCAUUUCCAGCCAGUCCGGCCUACAGUUCACUUCCAACGCAUAUAUCAAAUCAAGAACCACUUUUCCAGAUUACCGAUGAUGGUAAAAAGACCGAGAUGUGAGUGACUUCCUCAGCUAUUGUCUUCCCACCUGAUCUCAAGUUUACCUCAAGUCACUGCAGAAUGCAUCACAAGAAUGGAAGGAUCAGAAGAGGAGUUUUAUUGGCAGUUUAUUGGCAAGUGUGUUACUGAAUAUGUCACAUCAACUUCGUUUUAGGGGACCUCAAAAUCUUCAUGCUGUGAAUUUUAUGUAUUUUAAUACAGGCACACUACAAGAGAGAAAUGAGAAAUAAUUUGUGUUCAUAACAAAAGUCAUAAACCAUUGUAUAUUGUAUGUCCUAAAGUGACAUAAAAUUGUGGUACAUAUAUGAAUUUUACUGAAUAUUUGAUUUUUCUUUUGUUUAUUUAAGUUUCAGGCUAAUCUGUGUAACUCAGAAUGCAGGUAUAUAAUAUCUGCUUUCCUGCCAACUAUUUUUGGUAUUACCUUUCUGUAAGUUUAUUACUAACAUAUCUUCAGCAUGUAACAAAUUUCAAUGUUUUAUAGUUGCUGUAAAUUUCUUUUAUAUUCAUCUCUUCCUUACAUGUUAUAAGUAAAUAUGGUAGAUGACUUAUGUCCCUUUUCUGUUGGGUGUAUUCUUAAUACAGUAUCAAAUAUAUAGUCUUCUCUAUUUUGUAAUGAUUUGGUACUUUUGUGGAAAGAAAUGAAGCAUAUUAAUUUUCUUUCUGAGAGACACUGUCAGAAUGAAAUUUAUUUAGGAAUUAUUUUAAGAUGUAUGCAUGAUGUGUGUCUCACAAACCCACUGAUGUUCUGUCUAUGUCUCAUUCACAAUUUUUACACACACACACACACACACACACACACACACACACACACACACACACACACACACACACACACACACACACACACACACACACACACACACACCACA